AUGAACUUUGAGGAUGUGGCCAUUGCCUUCUCUUCAGAGGAGUGGGCAAUCCUUGAUGAGGCUCAGAGACUUCUGUACUGUGAAGUGAUGCUGGAAGUAUUUGCACUUGGAUCAUCUGAGUGUACUGAAUGUGGGAAAACUUUCAGUCAAAAGUCUGAUGUCAACAAACACCAGCGAGUUCACACUGGAGAAAAGCCAUAUGAGUGUACAUGUUGUGGGAAGUCCUUUAGUCAUAGCUCUAACCUCAUUCAACAUCAGAGGAUUCACACUGGAGAAAAGCCAUAUGAGUGUAGAGAUUGUGGGAAGUCUUUCUGUCAGCACUCUAACCUCAUUAAACAUCAGAGAAUUCACACUGGAGAAAAGCCGUAUAAGUGUACAGAUUGUGGGAAGUCGUUUAGUCAGAAUUCCUCCCUCAUUCAACAUCAGAGAAUUCACACUGGAGAAAAGCCGUGUAAGUGUACAGAUUGUGGGAAGUCGUUUAGUCAGAAUUCCUCCCUCAUUCAACAUCAGAGAAUUCACACUGGAGAAAAGCCUUAUAAAUGUAGUGAUUGUGGGAAGUCCUUCAGAUGGAAGUCUGUUGUCAAAACACACCAGCGAGUUCACACUGGAGAAAAGCCUUAUGAGUGCAGUGAAUGUGGCAAGUGUUUCAGUUGUAUGUCUAACCUUAUUCGCCAUCAAAGAGUUCACACUGGGGAAAAACCUUAUGAGUGUACAGAUUGUGGGAAAUAUUUUAGCCAAAAAUGUAGCCUGAUAAGACACUUGAGACUUCACACUGAGGAAAAGCCUUAA